GUCUCGUGACUUUGGUCAUAAGGUUGCGAGUACGGGCUGAUCCUGCAGCUGCAGUUCCAGCAUGGCCUCAGAGACGGAUGUACGCGCAAAGCUGCAGCGCGCAGGCCAGGAUCACCUCCUGCGCUUCUGGGCCGACCUGGCUCCGGAGCCUCAGGCCGCGCUGCUAGCGGAGCUCGCCUCCCUGGAGCCCGACGCGCUGCGUGAGCACUGCCAGCGCGCCUCGGCCGCCUGUGCGCUAGCCCCGGGUCCUCUGUUGGACCUGGAGGCGCGCCUGCAGCCCCUGCCCCCAGAACGCGUGGGCAGCGCGGUCCGCUGCGACCGAGAGACACUCCUGAGGUGGGAAGAGGAAGGAUUCCGACAGAUUGCUCUUAACAAGGUGGCUGUCCUGUUGCUGGCCGGUGGGCAGGGCACUCGCCUGGGUGUCACCUACCCCAAAGGCAUGUAUCAAGUAGGACUGCCCAGCCAGAAGACCCUAUACCAACUGCAAGCAGAGCGGAUCCGUCGUGUUCAGCAGUUGGCUGGUCAGCGACUGGGGACCCACUGCACCGUGCCUUGGUACAUCAUGACCAGUGAGUUUACACUGGGACCCACAAUCAAGUUCUUCAAGGAACGUGACUUCUUCCACCUAGACCCCACUAACGUGGUGCUGUUCGAGCAACGCAUGCUACCUGCUGUGACCUUUGAGGGCAAGGCCAUACUGGAACGGAAAGACAAAGUUGCCAUGGCCCCAGAUGGCAACGGGGGCCUGUACUGUGCAUUGGUUGAUCACCAGAUCCUAGAGGACAUGAAGCGGCGGGGUGUGGAGUUUGUGCAUGUGUACUGCGUAGACAACAUCCUGGUGCGGCUGGCUGACCCAGUCUUCAUUGGCUUCUGUGUGCUUCAGGGAGCAGACUGCGGUGCCAAGGUGGUGGAGAAAGCAUACCCUGAGGAGCCGGUGGGUGUGGUGUGCCAGGUGGACGGUGUCCCCCAGGUGGUGGAAUACAACGAGAUCAGUCCUGAGAUUGCUGGGCUGCGUGGGGCUGAUGGGGGCUUGCUCUACAACACAGGCAACAUCUGCAACCAUUUCUUCACCCGAGGCUUCCUGGAUAUGGUCACCAGGGAGUUUGAGCCCUUGCUGAAGCUGCAUGUGGCUGUGAAGAAGGUCCCAUAUGUGGAUGAGGAGGGAAAUCUGGUAAAGCCGUUAAGACCGAAUGGGAUAAAGAUGGAGAAGUUUGUGUUUGAUGUGUUCCAGUUUGCUAAGAACUUCGUUGCCCUUGAAGUAUGUCGGGAGGAGGAAUUCUCCCCACUGAAGAAUGCUGACACAGCCAGCAGCGACAACCCCUCCACCUCCAGGAGAGCCUUGUUGGCUCAGCACUACCGCUGGGCUCUGCAGGCUGGAGCCCACUUCCUGGAUGUACACGGGGUCCAGCUUCCUGAGCAGUCUGGCUUGCUUCCAAAUGGAGACCCUCCAGCCAUCUGUGAAAUAUCGCCCUUGGUGUCUUACUCUGGAGAGGGGCUGGAAAUGUACCUGCAAGGCCGAAAACUCCAGUCUCCGUUCAUUCUGGAUGAGGACCAAGCCAGGAUGCUACAGCUACAGGAGUGCUAACCUGCUUGCUCACAGCCUCACCAGUCCUGGCUCUGAGAAAUGCUGGCCUGCAGGACACCACAGGGAGUGUGCUAGUUUACUUCACAAGGUUGGGACUUCCUGGGUUCCCCAUGGAUUCUGGUUGUCUGUGUGUGUAUGGUUUUUGUUUGUUUGUUUUUGCUUCAUUGCUGGCUCUGGAACUCAGCUGAAAGGCAGAGAGUUGGAGAUCUUGGGAAAUGGAGCUAGAGGAGUGCAGGGUAGAAUGAGGGAGGUGUUGUCUGUGAAGGCCUCAUAGGAGAUAACCCUUCCAGCAUCUGCCCUGCCUGCACACAGACCAGCCAUAUGUUUGCUCGGCAGACAGUGAUAUACACCUGAUGGGGGUGUAGUUAGAAGACCCCCCAUCUACUCCCAGGUAGCAGAACCAUAACUGGAAUAAGGCUGAGCAUGUUACCUACCCCAUGUGCCUAGAUGGGACCAACCAAAGAAGCCUGAUGCCCUUGGUUAAGACUGUCGUUGAAAACCCUCAUCCAAGCACCUGAGAUGAAAGCAGUUCUUCCUGCCUUCUAUAGAUUCCCCCACUCCCUGAAUCUCCCAGUCACACCCACAAGUGGACCUGGUUUUUGUGUUCUAAGUAUCCCCGCCCCCAAGAACCAGAAACCUACAGCUUUUCCUAGAGCUUAAAGCCCAGGCACUCGCAUGGAGUUGUAGCAGAUGUAAGUGGUGCAGCUUUAUUGAUUCACAGCUGUUUUCCCAUGCAGGAAAAUGGAGACACCAGCCCCUCCCUUAUAAUGUAAUAGUAAUUAGGAGAGGCAGCCUGCUCCAGAUAUAUGGGUGCCUGCUCAUUUUCAUUAGCUUUCCCAGAGGAGGUCACUGGGAAGUGUGUAUUCAUCAUGUGGGUACAGAUCUGGGAAAGAUGGCAGGAUCAGGCCCACACCUGCCAUUGUUGGGACCAACAUGUAGAAGCUGUGCUUUGGCUGGGCUCUGUGGACACCUUGCUGUACACCUCAGAAGUAAAUGGUAUAUCUUGGUACCUUCUCUUAUUGAUCCACAGGCAAGCCAGGGUCCAUGAGGAAAGAAAGAUCAAAGGGAGGGAGAUCAAGGCCCUAGGGUCCUUCUGAGUAAGCAGUCAGUUGGGUGGAUUCUUGAAAGGAUUAAAAAAAAAAAAAAUCAA